CGCUCGUUUUUACCGGUGGGACGCUCAAUUUUGUAGAUAUUAUCUUGUUUAAUUCCUGCAGUGUAUUAGCCUCAUGAGUGAAUAAUUACUAUUUCAACCCGCAAUGAGUAAAUCGAAGGUUUCAGCAGAAUGGAAGAAACGCGUGAAGUCCGAAUAUAUGCGCCUCCGCCAAGUGAAGCGAUUCAAAAGAGCGGAUGAAGUGAAGGUAGCAUGGGCGCGAAACUUGCGUCUUAUGUCGGAGGCUCUGGAAACGCGCGAUGCAGAGUUAGCGGAGCGCGGGCGGCGACCUUUCUGGCCUCCGCCGGCGCCAAAUCCGAGCCAUGAGGGGCUCAUGAAGAAGGCUGAAGUAACCAGCACUGAUGCUUCUGGCAUCGUCACAACCCAACAAGUACCGAUCCACAUAAUCAACUCGGUGAACCCGAUUCCCACAAUGUAUACAUGGGCUCCGACACAGAAGAACUUCAUGGUGGAAGACGAGACGGUGCUGCACAACAUCCCGUACAUGGGUGACGAGGUCCUGGACCAGGAUGGUACUUUCAUCGAGGAGCUCAUUAAGAACUACGACGGGAAAGUGCAUGGUGACAAGGAAGGCGGUUUCAUCGACGACCAGUUGUUUGUGGAGCUGGUGCACGCCCUCAUGACCUACCAGACACGUGACGAGGUGGCCGACGAGCGGCGCGAGAAAGAAUCUAACAAAGAGCAAAAAGACAAAGAAAAAGACAAAGAAAAGGAUAAAGACAAAGACAAAGAAAAGGACAAAGAUAAAGAAAAGGACAAAGACAUGGAAAAGGACAAGGACAAAGAAGGAGCGGACUUGGAGAAGCAGUUCCCCAUCUUCACCAUCUUCCAGGCCAUUUCCUCGCAGUUCCCCGACAAGGGCACUCCUCAGGAGCUCCGGGAGAAGUACAUCGAGCUAACAUCCCGCAGCGACCCGGACGCGUUGCCGCCCGAGUGCACGCCCAACAUCGACGGGCCGCUCGCCGAGAGCGUGGCCAGAGACCAGACCAUGCACUCCUUCCACACGCUGUUCUGCCGGCGCUGCUUCAAAUACGACUGCUUUUUGCAUCGUUUGCAAGCGUGCCACCCAGGGCCCAACCUGAACAAACGAAAGGGACCCGACCUGAAGCCAUUUUCUGAACCCUGUGGACCCAGCUGCUACAUGCUGUUGGACGGCAUAAGAGAGAAGCUGGCGCGCGAAAAGGCAGCCGGCGAAGAAGACAAGGGCAAGUCCAACUCGAUGGACUCGCCCAACGACGCUUCCUCCGAAGACAGCAACGAUAGCAACCGGUUCCCCAAGGGCAGCAGCAGUGCAGCGGGCUGGAGCGGCGCGCUCGCCAAGCCCGGCGCGCCCGUCGAGCCCGCAUACAACGCGCUCGGUCUGACAGUAGGCGACAUCCAGGCCGAGUGGACGGGCUCGGACCAAUCCCUCUUCCGCGCCCUACACAAGGUGUUCGCCUGCAACUACUGCGCCAUCGCGCAGGUCAUGCUCUCCAAGACUUGCCAACAGGUAUACACGUACUGGAUCAACACGGGGCAAGAAGAAUGCCGAGUGGAGUCUGAACUCACCCCGCCACGCAAGAAGAAGAAGAAGCAUCGUCUCUGGUCCGUGCACUGCCGCAAGAUACAACUCAAGAAGGACUCCAACUCGCAUCACGUAUACAACUACACUCCGUGCGAGCACCCGAACCAGCCGUGCGACUCGAUGUGCCCGUGCCUACAGUCGCAGAACUUCUGCGAGAAGUUCUGCCAAUGCUCCAGCGAUUGUCAGAAUCGGUUCCCCGGGUGCCGCUGCAAGGCAUCGUGCAACACCAAGCAGUGCCCGUGCUACCUCGGCGUCCGGGAAUGCGAUCCCGACCUCUGCAUACAGUGUGGGGCGGACAGCCCGGUCUGUUGCCGCAACGUGUCCGUACAACGCGGCCUUCACAAGCACCUACUCCUAGCGCCAUCUGACGUAGCCGGCUGGGGCAUCUUCCUCAAGGAGGCCGCUCACAAGAACGAGUUCAUCAGCGAGUACUGCGGCGAGGUGAUCUCGCAGGACGAGGCCGACCGCCGCGGCAAGGUGUACGACAAGUACAUGUGCUCCUUCCUGUUCAACCUGAACAACGAUUUCGUGGUGGACGCGACCCGUAAAGGCAACAAGAUCCGUUUCGCGAACCACUCCAUCAACCCCAACUGCUACGCCAAGGUCAUGAUGGUGAACGGCGACCACCGCAUCGGCAUCUUCGCCAAGCGCGCCAUCCAGCCAGGAGAGGAGCUUUUCUUCGACUACAGAUACGGGCCGACGGAACAGCUCAAAUUCGUGGGCAUCGAGCGCGAGAUGGAAUUCUUAUGAGAACAAACCAAACUGCAACGCGGCCUCCCCCCGCGCACCCCCACCCCCGCCCCCGCGGGCACCAGC